GAGAGAUCAGCACCUUGGACAGCGGCGCCCGUCGAAACGCGCCAAAUCGGCACACUUGGAAUCUCCCAACGGGGAGAAUCGAGCGAGUAGGAGCGCGCGCGUGGCACCGCGAGACGUUUGUAAAUGAAUCAUUUUGAUUGGGCGAGAGCGCGCCUUGGAAACAAGGGCCGUGUGAUUGAUGCGCGCUCGGCAGAACGUCCAUUUCGAGGAUGAAUCAGAGGGGAGCAGCAUCAGCAUCCCAAUCACUUUAUCAUGAUCCUCGGCAUCGCUGACUAUCGGAUGCGCCACCCUCGCUAAUACGGAAAAUACGGGAAUCUCCGCUUGCUGUCUUGUGUUUGUGCCGUUCUGGAAGCACCAUCUUCCUUUGAACGUGGCAAGGAACCAUAUCGGGCCCCGGGAGGGGGAUGGUGGUGAACUUCAAAUGGAGACAAGAUGUUGGCAUUUUUUCCCUGCUCUUCUUCGGCCAGCAUUGGCAUUGCAACUAUUUUAUUUUUCAAACGCCAACCUAAUGGAUGCGUCUGAGGAUGGGAGGUGGUGUCGGGACGUGUCGAUGAGAAAAUGCACUCGGAAAUGAUGUGAACGCUUCGUCUGUGAUGCCGUGAUGAACAGUAAACGAGCCUAUAUGACUGCAACUGAAUCAAACUUUUACCUUAUUUUGGAUAAAUAUACAGAAGCAUCCUGGACUGUAACUAUGUGUGGCAGUGAUGCCUAUGUGGUGGUGUUUUUGUGAAAUGCCAUUUUGCAUCUUCUUCUCUUCUUCUUCUCUCAUCCGUGCAUCCAGCCUUUGGAUUGCUGUUAUGAUAAUGCAUCUUUAGACCUGGAACAAUGUGCUGAUGGCUAUUUAUUCUGAUACCACAGGCUUAUUAUUGUUAUCCCGCGUUCAACGUAGGCAUGAUUUGGGCGUUCAUUGUAGAGGAACAACAUACACACAUGCCUUCAGAAGGAAAAUAACAAGCCAACACGAUGUCCAGAGAUUUUUCUGACCAAUUGCCUUUGGUUUAGACACGUUCCUCUGAGACUCUGCUGAAUAAAAUAGCAAUAACAGGGCUACAAACAACACUAUUGCCUAUUAUCAUCAUCAACAACAACUAGGCAAAUAAUAAUAAUAAUAAUAAUAAUAAUAAUAUCUUUUUCUGGGGUAAACAAUUACACAAUUUUACAUCUGGCACACAACAUACACAUGUAGUCAAACAUGUUCAAGAACCGGAUCCGCAUGAUUUUUAACGAACUGAAGGUGCUGGUUUUCAUGCGAUCCGGUUCAAGACGGUCCAACACUGACGCAGACCCAAACAGACGAUCCAACAGCAUGAGGGGACUCACUAUGGGCGGCUGCGGGUGGCCGCCCUUCGUCGACUGCUCUAGCCGCGAUGAUGAGGAGGAAUACUACGGCAGCGAGCCCAGGCCCAGGAGUCUGGCGUUCGAGGAGAAAGACCCGAAGCUGCAGGCGGGCCUGGACGCGAUAAGUCUCAGCAGCAGCACGUCCAGCGGCAUGAGGACGCCCCAGUGCCGGAUCUGCUUCCAAGGGCCUGAGCAGGGGGAGCUAUUAAGUCCAUGUCGUUGUGAUGGCUCUGUGAGAUGCACUCACCAGCCCUGUCUAAUUCGCUGGAUCAGUGAGAGGGGCUCCUGGAGCUGUGAGCUCUGCUACUUCAAGUACCAAGUCCUGGCCAUUAGCACCAAGAACCCACUGCAGUGGCAGGCUAUUUCCCUGACAGUGAUUGAGAAGGUGCAGAUCGCCGCCAUCAUCCUGGGCUCACUCUUCCUCAUUGCCAGUAUUUCAUGGCUGGUAUGGUCUUCUCUCAGUCCGUCUGCCAAAUGGCAACGCCAGGACCUGCUCUUCCAGAUCUGCUACGGCAUGUAUGGCUUCAUGGACAUUGUGUGCAUAGGACUUAUAAUCCACGAGGGCUCAUCAGUGUAUAGAAUCUUCAAGCGAUGGCAGGCUGUUAAUCAACAGUGGAAAGUAUUGAACUAUGAGAAGUCAAAGGAUUUGGGGGACCCAUUGAGCUCCAGCAGCAAGGCUGGAAAUCGCGGCUCGCGCAGUAACCCGCACGGUCUGGCCAGCGGCAGCAGGGGGGGCCAGAGAGUGCGCCGGUUAAGGACUAUCCUCAACCACCACUGCGGAUACACUAUCCUCCACAUUCUCAGCCAGCUGCGGCCCAGUGACCCGCGGCUUGGAACCGCCACCAACCGCGAGGUGGUGAUGCGGGUCACAACUGUAUGAGGUUGGACGGGCAGAGGAACGUCAAUGGAUUCCAGCUCCAAUCGCCUUUCCAACAAAGACAGCGUGUUACCGGACAAUGCCAUGAGCUACGGAUAAUUCCGAUAAUUUCCAUGGAUUACGGUCACGCUCCGACUUUUAAACAGACAGAAAUGCGUAACGCGCAACGAAUAAUGCUUUCACACAACAGCAUUGCUGGAGUCUCUAUCGGCGAGAUUCUCUCAUGAUCUUGCACAUGAUUGCAUUUUUAGUUCGAUUUCUUCGCUGGUGUUGUUUUUUUAAUCAAUACGGUUUUUAAAAUGUUUUGAUUUUCUAAGGGAGAAUGGUAAAUGACGUGACACCGACGUGUGAUGUAUAUGGUGACUCAUACUGACCUUUUGUUGUAAAUGAUGUUUACGAUGCUUUUGACGCAGCAAGAAAGCCAACCAUAACCAAACGAUCGCAACAGCAGAAUAACCAGGGAAACACGAUACUAAUUGUUACAUAAUUAAAUAUGAUCAAAGGGGAGGGUGCAAUAAGACAUAAUAAGAUUAUACAGUAAAUAAAAUACAUUAACAUUUAAAAAGAAUUUGAUCUUCUCUGCAAUAAAGAUACCUGUACAUUUUACAGUGACCUUUGCAUGAGGGUAGAGUUUUAUGACUCCUCGACACAUGGACAUGAUGAAUUUGUUUUAUUCAGAAUGGUGCUCGUUUGAAUAAACACUACUAUUCAUCUACUGUUUGUGAAAUGCAUCAUUGCACAAAGGCUUUUGGUUGGAUAUGUGGGCCCCUUUUAUAAUUUAAAAAUGCACUAAAC